UCUGUGGGAAAUACCUUUAAAAGCAGAGACUAACUGCUGAGAUCUCACUUUCCCACUAACAUUUUGAGAAUCAGCAGGAGUCUUACAUAGACCUGAUGAACCCUUCCCUAUAGGCCCAGGACAAAGAAUCAUCUUUCCUAACCCUCACGAGUUAGCCCCAGAACAGACAAUGAGGCUUCUGCUGCUCUGGGGUUGGAUCAUCAUUCCAGGUUAUGGAGCUGUGGUGGGUCCAAAGGAAGUCAGUGGGCCAGAGGGAAGCUCUCUGUCUGUGCAAUGCUCCUAUGAGGAUAAGUAUCAAGAAAACAAGAAAUACUGGUGCAAAGACAAAGGAAUAUUUUUUAGCCGCUGUGCCACUGUCAUCAGCACAGAGGCAGGGAAAGAAGAAACAGAUGGCAAGGUGUCCAUCAAGGACGAUCCCCAAAAUCUAUCAUUCACUGUGAUCAUGAGGAAUGUCUCCCUUCAGGAUAUUGGGAAAUAUCAGUGUGGGAUUUCCAUGCCUGGAUUUGAUGAGGUUUUUGCAGUCACUGUGGAUGUUUUUUCAGGGCUCAGGAGCUCUGUCUCCCCAAACCCCUCCCUUCAGCCUCUCUCUACAAGGAGUGUCCAGCAGGGGGCAAAAGUUUGGGAAACUCAGUCUCCAGAGUUGAAGCUCAGGAGUUCUGUCUCCCCAAACCCCUCUCUUCAGCUUCUCUCUACAAGGAAUGUCCAGCAGGGGGCAAAAAUUCAUCCAAGAGUGAACACCCCCACCCAGGAAAAGAUGAAGCCAGCAACAUUCACAAAUGUGAGGAACAGGGGAGCAAUCCUUCAAAGAGGCCAAGAGACCCUCCAGACAAGAACCCAAGAUGUGGCCCAGACAGUCACUUCCCACGAUAGCUCCAGUGAUAUGAACCCAAGGUCCAGGCCUUCCAUCCCCUUGAUCCGCUUCUGGCUCCAUGCAUCAUCCUCCUGUCGCUAUUGGUGGUGGUUAUAGCAACUGUCCUGAUCCAGUUCGCAAGAAGAAAAAAAGCUCAACUUGUAGUGGAAAAAGGAAAGAAUGGACAGUUUCACUCCUCAAACUCGGUAAAGGAAUCACAAAUUGAUGCCUGAUGCAA